GCUUGUAUUAUCACACGUGGGAGUGGUAAAGGCAGGAGGGACGGAAUGAGAGAGACGGAAUUCCUGGCAAUGCAAGCUUGUAACUAGUUCAUCUGGGCUUCUAUCCCGUGAAGUCUAGGGCGGCCAAGCGGAAAAACCUCUGAUCAUAAGACCCCUAGGAGGAAAGUCCCACCCGAUCUUGGGGGAAAAAAAAAAUCUUAUAACACUUGCAUAGAAUAGAGUAAUUAACAGUAUAACAGCCUACGUACUGAACUGCGCACUCAUACGGGAGUAAAUAUUUCUCUCCACCCUUUCCCCUAGCAUUUUUUUUUUUUAAUUCGCAGCUUCCUCUCCUUAGACUGCUUUCAGUUUCUCGUGCUAAAGUUUCAGGUCGCUUAGCGCCAUGGGGAAUGGGAUGAACAAGAUUCUUCCUGGCUUGUUCCUGGGGAAUUUUAAAGAUGCUCGUGACACAGAACAAUUGAAAAGGAAUAACAUUACACACAUUCUUUCAAUCCAUGACAGCGCUAGACCCAUGCUUGAGGGAAUGAAGUAUCUGUGCAUCCCUGCAGCAGAUUCCCCUUCCCAGAAUCUAGCCAGACACUUCAAAGAAAGCAUUGAAUUUAUCCAUGAAUGCCGGCUUAGCAGUAAGAGCUGCCUUGUUCACUGCCUUGCUGGAGUCUCCAGGAGUGCAACCUUAGUAGUGGCCUACAUAAUGACCAUCACGGACUUUGGCUGGGAAGAUGCACUGUCUGUUGUGCGAGCAUCAAGGUCAUGCGCCAAUCCUAACACAGGCUUCCAACGGCAGCUAGAAGAGUUUGAGAAAAAUGAUGUUGCUCAUUUCAGAGAGUGGCUCAGGGCAGAGUAUGGUGAAAACCCUUUGCAAGAUGAACAAGAAGCCAAAGAUCUCCUACAGAAGUACAAAGCACAUAUAGCGAACCAAUCAAGUGCUUCAGGAAGACAGUGGAAUGACAACUUUUCAUCAGUGGCCUUUGUCAAUGACUGCUCCUCAGUAGGGGUAAUGAAUGCACCAUUCCGUCAAUCAAAAUAAAAAUACAUAAACUUGCAGUCACUAGGCAGGGUAACUUGCUUCUACUUUCUCCUGAACCUGCAUGAACCGGGCUUGUUUGUAGGUAAUAGCUCCAUGUCAUAGGUCCGAUCGAUACAUGCAGCAAAAUGAGAUGGUAGAGGCAUGAUGUGUACAAUGAAAUGUUCCACUUCAGAUUGCAGCAGGAGAUGCCAUUUUUGAAUGCACCCUUGGUAAAAGGGGAAAAACCCAUCUCCUUCCAAGUAGAAAACUAAUACACAGGGUGUGAGCUAAUCUGCAAACAUUCUUCCUGAUAUGCUAGUUGUUUGUUUGUUUGUUUUUACAUGGAGACAACUCAUUCAUAGGGGAGCAUUCAAAAAUGGUAUCCCCAGAGGCAACUCUUCCAGGUAAGGUGAGGCGAUCACCUCAGGCAGCAGAUUAUUGGGCACCUGUGAGGUAGCAAGAUGCCCUCUUGCCCUCUACUUUUUUUUUUUAAGGGUAGGAAGAUACACAUGAGAGCAGAAUUUGGCCCCCUGUCUCAGGCACAAAGAGGCUUGUUGCUGCCACUGGAUGUCACCUCCUGCACCCUGAAGCUGUACCAUCCAUUCUACCAUCUCAUUCUCCUUAAUCCGUAGGCCGGGCCUUCAUUUCUUGAUAUAUGAGAGCAGGACUCCAGCACACUUCAUUUCACAGUUGACAGUGGCUAUUCUGUGUGUGCACCAAGAUACGUUUCCAUUUUCUUACCAACUUUCCAGUGGGAUGUGUACAUAGCAUGCUAUUUUCUAACUUGUAGAGAUGCCAAGUUAUUUUCUAUAUAUUUGUGUUCUUCUUCAGGUUGUCCAUAUAUCCAGGGUUUUGCACAGCUGCACUUUUCAAAGUUUUUGAAUCUUAUUUUGGCCUUCACUACUAUAAAGGAGGAAAAUUGUCAUGCCAGGAUGAACCUUGGGCUCAGGUGGAGCUGAUUUUUGUGCUGGUUUCACUGUAUCAGUUCUUGCUGCUUAAGAGACAAGCUGUUCAGGGUCUGUUUGUUUUUUAAAGCAGUUUAUCUCUUCAGCAGUGGAAAAUGCUGCAGUCAAAUUAGGAAGCAAAAAUCUCUGGUUGUGUGAAUGGGUAUCUCCUGCAUGUGUGUUCCUUCUUAAAUUAUAUUUUGAGCAACUCUCUUGGAAUGUGUCAGUACUAUGGAUAUAUAAUAUAUAUGCAGUAUAUAUUAAUAUUGUUUUAGAAUGAAGCCAUAGUAUUAGAGGUAACUCCAUCAGUAUUCAUUACCAUGGCUUUUGUCUCAGAAGUUGUUCACAAUUUUUUAUGAAUGGGGAAUGGAAAGAUCUGAAUGUAUAUUGCAGAGGUUUGUGUAGAGAGAGAGAGUAUAUAGAGAGAUAUAAGAUAAGAGACUAAAAUUUAGUUAUAAAGGCAAUUCUGUAGUGAAGUUUAAAAAAUACUCGCAGUACUACUGAAAAAAGCUGUAUUGCAUAUUAAUCAACUUGGUGGAGUUUCAUCUUUGGUUGCCAUUCUGAAUGGAGUCCAUUCAAUUAAAAGCUAUAAAUCUUUUAUAAAUAAAAAGUCAAUGUUUAUGUCACUGUAUUUUCUGAAUAAAAAUAAUUGUGACCCUAA